GGCGGACGAUGGCUGCGGACACUGAGAGAUUUUAUUAUGUUUAUAGUUGUGAUUUAGACGCUAAUGUUUCAUUGAAAAUUGGAAAUUUAGAGGGCAAACGUGAAAAGAGAAACUACAAGGCUUUAAUUGAAGAUCCACAAUUACGAUUCUCUGGUCUUUAUCAGAGUUCAUGCUCUGAUCUCUAUGUGAGUUGCCAGCUAUAUGCAGAUGGUCAGCCAUUAUGCUUACCAACCAGAACAGCAUAUAGACCCUUUAAUACAAGAUGGAAUUGGAACGAAUGGAUCAACUUGCCACUGAAGUACAAAGAUCUUCCCCGUAGUGCCCAGGUUGCUCUAACAAUAUGGGAUGUUUAUGGUCCAAGGAAGGCUCUUCUUGUUGGUGGCACAACUGUUUCUCUCUUUGGGAAGUCUGGUACAUUAAGACGAGGUAUGCAUGACUUGCAUGUCUGGCCUGAAAUUGAGGCUGACGGCAGUCAUCCUUCCAAGACACCUGGAAAAACCUCAGAUCCUGAUGACAAGAUGAGCUCCCUGGCAAAGUUGAGUAAAAAACAUCACAAAGGCCGAAUGCACAAAGUUGAUUGGCUGGACAGGUUGACCUUUCGUGAAAUUGAAAUGGUGAAUGAGAAAGAAAAGCGAAGUUCAGAUUCAAUGUUUCUAAUGGUUGAAUUUCCAAGAAUACACGAAGAUGGGAUUGAUUUUUCUGUAGUUUAUUAUGAGAAGCUUUCAGACGAAGGAGAAUUUCAUUACACUCCAGAAAUCGUGCGAGUUCAUGAUCCGGAGAUAUUACAGGAAAAUUUGGUCGAAUCAAAGCAUCACAAAUUAGUUCGCAGUGUUCGUAGUGGAACAGUCUCGCAUGAAAUGAAGCCAAACGCGGCCGUCAGAGAUCAACUCAACCAAAUCGUUGGUUAUCCUCCAAGCAAAGUUUUGACCUCAGAAGAAAAAGAUUUACUCUGGCAGUUCAGAUUUUAUCUUUCGAGCCAAAAGAAGGCGCUCACAAAAUUCUUAAAAUGUGUCGAGUGGAACGAGUCUCACGAAGCAGGACAGGCCCUUGAUCUUAUGCAGAAGUGGAGUCUUAUUGAUGUCGAUGACGCGUUGGAAUUAUUGAGCGAACAGUUCACUAAUCCAGCGGUUAGAAAAUACGCUGUCUCGAGACUUCGUGAAGCAAAUGAUGACGACCUGCUGUUGUAUCUACUGCAAUUAGUUCAAGCUCUGAGAUACGAGCCUAAUCCUUCUCAACAGGCUGGGUUCAGUCCGGAGUCUGCUGGGGAAGAUAAUCCUUUGCUUGAAAGCAAACCUCCUGAGCAGCAGGUCGCGCUAUCAGAGAGUCUAAAAUCAGUGGAACCGAAGGGCUCGUAUCUUGAAUCAUUUCUUAUAUCACGUGCUUGCAGAAGUGAAAUAUUGGCUAAUUUUCUUUACUGGUACCUUCGAGUGGAGUGCAGUGAGGAUAAUACGACUAAGGCUCACGCUAUUUACAGUAAAAUUAUUCGGCGUUACGUGCGUGCGCUUAUGCAGGAUGGUGUUCCAAUAAAAGUGCGGAAAGCAAGGAUGUUAAGACGACAACAACAGUUUGUUGAUAAACUAGGACAAAUCAUGAAGACUGUGGCCCAGUUCGGUGGUAACAGGAAGAAGAAGAUUGAGAAACUCCAAAGUAUUUUACAAAAUCCAGAAUCAGUUGAUCUGAAGGAACCUUUGCCUCUGCCCCUCGACCCAAACGUCAGAAUAACUGGUGUAGUCGCAGAUAAAGCAACGUUAUUUAAAAGUGCUUUGAUGCCAGCGAAAUUCACCUUUAGAACUGUGGACGACAAAGAAUACAUUACAAUCUUUAAAAGUGGUGAUGAUUUGCGUCAAGACCAGUUAAUUCUUCAAAUUAUUCGCUUGAUGGAUAAGCUUUUGAUGCUUGAAAAUUUGGAUUUGAAGCUGACUCCGUACAAUGUUCUAGCAACGAGCACCAACAGUGGUUGUGUGCAGUUCAUCGAGUCCUGUCCUGUCGCAGAGGUUCUGGCCUCCGAUGGUAGCAUUCAGAAUUUCUUUCGUAAAUACGCCCCAUGCGAAGGUGCUCCGUGUGGAAUCAGCCCAGAGGUUAUGGACACGUAUGUGAAAAGUUGCGCUGGCUAUUGUGUGAUCACGUACCUACUUGGAAUUGGAGAUCGCCAUUUGGACAAUCUAUUGCUCACAAAAUCUGGCAAUUUAUUUCAUAUUGACUUUGGUUAUAUCCUUGGUCGAGAUCCCAAACCAUUGCCACCGCCAAUGAAACUAAGCAAAGAAAUGGUUGAGGCAAUGGGGGGAGCUCAAAGCGAAUUUUAUCAGGAAUUCCGAAGGCAAUGUUAUACAGCCUUCUUGCAUCUGCGCAGAUCAGCAAAUUUGAUCCUCAAUUUAUUUGCGUUAAUGGUGGAUGCGAAUGUACCAGAUAUUGCGUUGGAACCUGAUAAAACGGUGAAGAAGGUGGAAGCGAAAUUUCGACUGGAUCUUUCUGAUGAAGAAGCGGUCCAUUAUCUUCAGUCUCUGAUUGAUGAAAGUGUUAGCGCUAUGUUCGCUGUCGUAGUUGAACAGAUUCAUAAAUUUGCACAGUACUGGAGAAAAUAGCCUGUGCAGAAUCAUCACAGCAAAGUAUCAAAUACAAUGUAUUUGGUCAUGAUAUGCAUUUUCUGAUCAGUGCAUC